UCGUAUCUAGCAUGAAGGCGGUGAAGAGUCUUUGGCAGAGUGGUUGCCAGGGCUACUUAGUGAGUGUAGUCGGGAGCCAGAAGGAGGAGCCGUCUCCCGAGUCAGUAUCGAUCGUUUAUGAAUACCGCGACGUUUAUCCAGACGAGCUGCUAAGAGGACCACCGGAUAGACAAGUGGAGUUCACUAUUGACCUGAUCUCCGAAGUCGGAGCAGUGUCCAAGGCACCAUACAUGAUGGCACUGAAGGAGCUGCAAGAGCUCAAAACCCAGAUUCAGGAGUUGCUCAAUCUUGGAUUUAUCCGACCGAGCGUCUCUCCAUGGGGUACACCUGUACUUUUCGUGAAGAAUAAGGAUGGAACGUUGAGAAUGUGCAUCGAUUACAGGGAGCUGAACCGGUUGAACGUGAAGAACAAGUAUUUGCUUCCGAGAAUAGAGGACCUGUUUGACCAGUUGAGGGGAGCGAGCUUAUUUUUAAAGAUUGAUUUACGAUCGGGCUACCAUCAGUUGAAAAUCAAGGAGACAAAUGUAUCAAAUCCGGCGUUCAGAACGAGGUAUGGUCACUACAAUUUCGUAGUGAUGCCGUUCGGGUUGAGUAAUGCACCGGCAAUAUUUAUAAACUUGAUGUAUCGGGUCUUCCAUCCAUACUUAGACCGGUAUGUUAUUGUUUUCAUCGACGACAUUCUGGUUUACACGAGUGACGCUGUAACACCCCACUUUGAUUUUACAGAAAUUCCGAACUUUCCAAAAAAUCAGCCCCGCAAACCUGUCCAACGAUCCUUACCGACGGUAUACUUUCCUCAGGCCACCGUUAGCGACGCUCCCAUCGUUGCAGCUCCUCACGACCACCAUCUCAUAAGAAUAAUCAUCCCCUCUGUUCGUCGUGACCAGGCCCCGCGAGUUGAUUCCAGGAGUGAGUCCCGACGCCAUCGCUGCCCUUCUUUCGCACCAGCAGUACCGCACGUACCCCCUGCGAACUGUUCCACGAUCGCAAGAGCACCGGCGACACGGAUUGCCCCUGUUCACUCCCUGCAAGUUGCUAUCUGUCACCAUCGGGUCCCAUUCAUUGCUCCCGGCCCUGCUGAUCACUCGCACAUCACUCGAGCGAUCCAAAGCUUAGCCGUUGAGCCCCGUCGGCGCAUUCGUCUGACUCACUUCAGCCCCAUUUCGAUUCUUUCGUUCGAACGUUUCCGAGAAUGGUUCAUCGAGCUGAACUUUUGCCAUAAUUCCUUCAACUCUAUGUUUAGCUAUAUCUCUGUAUCUAGGUGGGUCUUAUUUAAAUUGCUAUGUCGUAAGUGGUUUAUAUUUUUAUUGAAAUUGAAAGUGGAAAACCAAUCUUCCACCACACCAUCGGGCACCUUCACUUUCGCAGCCCGCUCUUCAUCAAUUGUCAAAAAGGAUUUCUCAAAUAAAGGCAAAUCAUCGGUACCUUUUUCAGUCGCCUUACGGCCGGAGUCACGCUUCUUCUUGGAUCUUUUCUCCACCUCGGACGAAGCACCGACGUCCGCCAUCUUCACCAGCUUUCUCUUCUUUCUCCUCUCCGGUUGCUCCAAUUCAAGUGACUUCGGGGACGCUGGCGGCACCUCGGUGUGGACAACCUCAGUGGAAACUAUUUCA